AUGACAACAAGUGCACAUCAACAACAAGAAUUACGGCAAUUACGCCCUUUUUGUUAUUGUUUGCAUUUAAUAACAUUUUCUCAAUAUUGUGAUAUAAUAGCAUAAUAGUAAGUUUUAGAAAGUUCAGUAAGUGGAAUGCAUUCCAAAGCUACAUUGAUGUUUUUUGGUAUAAUUGUAUUUUUAUCAAUAUUUGAAAUAGGUAGUGCUGUGAGGUGUUUCCAAUGUAGUUCAAAUGAAGAUGGACCAAAUGAAGAUAAUUGUGGAGCAUACCGAAAGUUUUACAAACAUGAUCAUAUUGCUGUUGAAUGUAACAGUGAAGAAAGUCAUAUGCCUGGGUCCUUUUGCAUGAAGGUUACACAGCAAAGUCCAAAGGGCUUCAUUUGGGAUGGUAGAUGGAGACAGGUAAUCAGAAGAUGUGCCUCUGUUGCUGAUACUGGUGUUACAGGGGUCUGUAAUUGGGGUGUAUAUGAAAAUGGCAUAUACUGGGAAGAGUGUUACUGCUCAGAAGAUGAGUGUAAUGGAGGAGCAGGUAUUAGUGUGUCAAAGGUAUUAGGCUUGAGUAUAGCAGCAGUUGUAGUAGUUCUGCAAUAUUUAUUAUCAUGAAAAUUAAUUGAACAUGAUAUGAGGAAUAGUAAGUUCAUAAAAUUUUUAAAUUAGACAGUUUAUGUUACUUUAGUUUUGGUAUCCAUUUUUACAAAAAAGAAAGGUCUGAGGAAUAACUUGUUAGCAUACUGUGUUGAUGAAAUGAAAUUUUCUUCAAAGGUAUAUUUAUCUGGUUUGGUGCCUUAAUUGAGAAUACUCCCACUUCAACAACUUUCAUUUCUAGUACAGGAGUAACCAAUUGUCAAUUGUCAUAUCAUGUAGGAACAUAGAUAUAGUGAUUUACUGAUUUUGGAAAUUUGCUGGCAAUUAUUACAUCUAUUUUUACUAAAUUCUUCAUUCAUGCUUCACCCAAUGUAUGUUUAUCAGAAUCUCAUAUUAUUUUAAUAAGAUAAUUAUAUUGACUUGACAUAUCAUAUUAAAAGUGCCUAUUGAUUGCUUACUGAUCAUCCGUCCAUUGCUUGAAUAUGUGUAAAUAUUUUUUUGUUAUUUUAUAUUUUUUAUAGAUGAAUAAAAUCAUUACAAUUUAUACA